AGAGGCGGCACUCGAGGGCUCGGUGCGGAGCCGGCGGAAGGGGAGCCGCCGCCAGCAGCCGGGCGGGCAGCGGGGCACAUGGCAUGUCUGAUGGCGGCUUUCUCCCUGGGCACCGCUUUGAACGGCAGCAGUUCUGCUUGUACCAUGGCCGAGCCAAAGUCAGUGUGCGUUUCAGUGGAUGAAGUCGUCUCAAAUGGCACAGACAAUCAAGACAUUCGACUGAUGAAUGGACAUUUAAAAAAGGUGGACAAUACUCUGACAGAAGCUCAUCGUUUCUCCUACCUACCCCGCAGACCAGCUGUGAAUAUCGAGUUUAAAGAACUGUCAUACUCUGUCCAAGAAGGGCCAUGGUGGAGGAAGAAAGGUUAUAAGACCCUUUUGAAAGGAAUUUCAGGGAAGUUCAGCAGUGGAGAACUCGUUGCAAUUAUGGGUCCUUCGGGAGCUGGGAAGUCAACGCUUAUGAACAUUCUGGCAGGAUACAGAGAGACAGGAAUGAAAGGAGAAAUUCUCAUCAAUGGACAGCCUCGUGACCUGCGCUCUUUUCGCAAAGUCUCCUGCUACAUCAUGCAAGAUGACAUGCUCCUUCCUCAUCUGACUGUCCAGGAAGCUAUGAUGGUAUCUGCUCAUCUGAAACUUCAAGAGAAAGAUGAAGGCAGAAGAGAAAUGGUAAAGGAAAUCUUGACAGCCCUUGGUUUGCUGACAUGUGCCAAUACGAGGACUGGCAGUCUUUCUGGAGGCCAGAGAAAGCGUCUUGCCAUUGCUUUGGAGCUGGUGAACAAUCCUCCUGUCAUGUUUUUUGAUGAACCAACCAGUGGCUUGGAUAGUGCAUCAUGUUUUCAGGUUGUCUCAUUGAUGAAGGCUUUAGCCCAGGGCGGCAGGUCCAUCAUUUGCACGAUUCACCAGCCCAGUGCUAAACUGUUUGAGUUGUUUGAUCAGCUCUAUGUUUUAAGUCAAGGUCAAUGCAUUUACCGUGGGAAGGUGGUAAACCUAGUCCCUUACUUGAGAGAUUUGGGGUUGAAUUGCCCAACCUACCACAAUCCAGCAGAUUUUGUUAUGGAAGUAGCAUCUGGUGAAUAUGGAGACCAGAACAGCCGGCUGGUAAGGGCAGUACGGGAGAGGAUAUGUGACACAGAAUACAAGAGGGAUGUUGGUGGUGAGAAUGAGUUGAAUCCCUUCCUCUGGCACCGGCCCUCUGAAGAGGAUUCGUCUUCCACAGAAGGCUGCCACAGCUUCUCCGCCAGCUGCCUAACCCAGUUCUGUAUCCUCUUCAAAAGAACUUUUCUCACCAUCAUGAGGGAUUCGGUCCUGACACACUUGCGUAUCACCUCACACAUUGGCAUUGGACUGCUCAUCGGCUUGCUCUACUUAGGCAUUGGCAAUGAAGCUAAGAAAGUCCUCAGCAACUCCGGCUUCCUCUUUUUUUCCAUGUUGUUUCUUAUGUUUGCUGCGCUCAUGCCAACUGUCCUUACAUUUCCUCUUGAGAUGGGAGUAUUUCUUAGAGAGCAUCUGAACUACUGGUACAGCUUGAAAGCCUACUAUCUCGCCAAAACCAUGGCUGAUGUUCCUUUUCAGAUCAUGUUUCCGGUGGCUUACUGCAGCAUUGUGUACUGGAUGACUUCACAGCCCUCUGAUGCACUCCGAUUUGUCCUCUUUGCAGCCCUGGGAACCAUGACAUCCCUUGUGGCUCAGUCACUGGGUCUUCUCAUAGGUGCAGCUUCUACAUCCCUCCAGGUGGCCACUUUUGUGGGCCCAGUUACUGCCAUCCCAGUGCUUCUGUUCUCUGGGUUUUUUGUCAGCUUUGAUACCAUCCCAGCAUACCUCCAGUGGAUGUCCUACAUUUCCUAUGUCAGAUACGGGUUCGAAGGAGUUAUUCUCUCCAUCUAUGGACUGGAUCGAGAAGAUCUACAUUGUGACAAAGAUGAUACUUGCCAUUUUCAAAAAUCAGAGGCCAUUCUGAGAGAACUGGACGUAGAAAAUGCCAAACUUUACCUGGACUUCAUCGUUCUUGGAAUUUUCUUCUUCUCUCUGCGCCUAAUUGCCUAUUUUGUUCUCAGAUACAAAAUCCGAGCAGAGAGGUAAAGGAAAAACAGCUACAACGAUGCAGUAGGAAGAUCUUUAGACAUGCAAUAGAGUGCACUUGACAUUGUCUCACUGUGGCAGGCCAGUCUCCAGUGCCCAGCUAGAUGCUGUUAUGACCUAGCCCAUAGAGAACCACAAUGGGAUAGUGGACAUAUAGUGUUAAGCCAAUCGGUCCAGUUGGGUUGGGUCAUGUUUUCAUUACACUUUCUAGCUUUAACUAGGAAGCAGACAUAGAAGGGAAUUUUACACCGCAGAAUAUCAAUACCGAGGCAGUGUAACUGUAAUAAAAAACCUGGCUGCAGGAACUUUCCUUAUGAAAACCAAUUUCGUGAGAAGGUAAUACUAGUCCUGGUAGCCAGAAUAGUAUAAUGCCAUCUAUAGGUGACAAGGUAAUGAGGUGCAAAAUUGAGAAAGCAAAGAAAAUAGGAUUCUUUCAUCUUUUUAAAUUCAAAGUUUCAUCUUUGCAGUUUUCUAUGUAUUACUUUGCAAUACUUUUCCACAGAAUUACCCCUUCUGGCCAAAAGUCUGUAAAUGUAUUCAUUAAUAAGGUAAAGAUAUCUUUUUAAUACGGAUACUUUUUUAGAACAAACCUAAAGUGAUUCAAGUCAUUAUUUUUGUUUCUGUCUAAAUUUAGAAUUCUGGUGCUUUGCUUGUCGAGCUGGUCUCAUAUCUGAAAAUUGUAAUGGUAGGAGGAAAAGGCAGAUUCCAAGUCUGCACUAAACCUGUGGUCCAUAUUUGGAAGCAACAAUAGAUAGCACAGGCAGUCAGACAUGUUCAAGCUGUUGCUGAGUGAUUGAAAAAAACAUUCUUUUGCAGUGUCUUUUAAAUCCUCAAUAUUUGUGAUAUUUAAAAUACUAACGAUACUCAUUAUCUGUAUGAUCUACCUCCUGUGAAUUUUAAAAUCAAAGCACUCCAAGGCUCAUUUUUUCUUAAAUUGUGAAAGCAGAAUCUAUCCCUAAAGCCUGAGCGGUUGUUAAAGCCUGAUGGAGUGCAAGAGCUAUCCACAGCUCAGAGCUUGGGUUAUUGUGUUAAAACAUGUGUGACUGCCUCAUAUGGCAGUGGUCAUUUUAUCUGCAACACACUAUGUGUAGGACUCUCCUCAAAAUACGCAGAUGACCUUGUAAUACUGCAGGUCUAAUUAUGCCAAGCAGUUUUGUUCUCAUCCUGAAUUCUACAUGCACGACAUGGGAACCUGAUACUAAUUGAUCUAAACACCAAUGAAAACGUUAAAAGAAGCAUGCAUUUGUUUUUGCAUAUCUCACCUUUGUAAACUUGGCAGUGGGAAUUCUGGUUCCAAGUUGAUGUGAAUUUUGUCACUGAUUUUCAACCCAAAAUGACAUCGUGGGGCCCAUACUCAUGUUGGACACCUUGGUGAGUUCUCUGUGAGUUCCAUUAACUUCUGCCUUUACUGUGCGUUUACCUUAGUGUCACAGACCUGUGAGUCAGACCUACAAAUUCUACAAAUGCAUUACUCCUAUCAGGAUACUGAAGCCUUGUAGAUGAAGCCUUGUAGAUUGGAAGCAGCUCAAUGUCAGCAAACCGUUGAGGAGCUCAGCAGCUCAUGACAGCAGGGUAGAUGAAGAGAAGACUUUAGGCACGUGCUGGUCAGCAGCAGUCAGCAGUUCACAGACUGUUUUCGAGGACUCCAUGGCUACAUCUAUACUAGUAAACUGAAUAAUGCCAGGGCCAGCUCUGUUAGUCCUCAGGCAAGUGGGGGAAUGGUCUCUGUACUGUACUAACUUCUAAAGAGAGCCCAAACAUUGUCUGGAAAAGCUCUGGCUGUGAUGGACUGCAGCUCUGCCAUUUAGCAGUGAAGAGAAUUGUUUCUCAGUUUUCCUGGCCAGUGCCCAGGUUUUAUUUAAUUUACCAAUAUAGACAUAGACCACGUGUAUCUCAGGAUGCUUAAAUUAAGCCUGUGUCUGGAAGACCUUGAGUCACGUGUUUUAGGAUGGUUAGCUGAACCUUCCAUGAAAAUUAGAUUGACCUCUGAAAGCAAGGACAAUCCUUACUGUAGAAGAAAAAAAUGUCCUUACACAAUCUCCUUGCAUAGUUUUUUUGCUUUUUUUUUUUUAAAAAAAAAUGUCCUGAAGCCAGUAGAGCUUUUGUACAGUUCUGCAGCUUCUCCAGGCAUAAUCACAAGCAUGUAUGGGCCUAUAUGGCUGUCAGAUUUGAGAAAUUUAAGAAUUUUGGCUAUUCUAAAUAGUACUCAUAACUGUGAGCAGUUUUUAAAUAAGCCACAAGCUGAAAUAUUUUGGCACAACAUGCCUUGAUUAUUUCAAGACUCAAAAUAUUUGUGAAUAGUACAGGUGGUUCAAAUGCUGUUUGCAAGCAGAUAAAAAACUACCUUUGCCAAAUUACUCUCUUGCUGCUCGCUGCUGGUCCCGCUGUAGGCUAGCUGAGUGGGAAAGAGUGCGGUGUCCAUGGCAUUAAAUACCUUCAGGGUUCGUGUUUUGUGUUUACCAACACCAUUUACCAAAUACCCCAUUGAAAAUCCAUUGCAGUGUACCAAAUGAAGUGACUUUGCUGACAUUUCAAUGCUGUUAACUUAUGCAAUGACAAUGAUGUCUUCUCCCAUCUACAUCAAUUUAGCAGUAUGAGUUCCUUGGAUACCAUCUUGUUACCUGUGUCUGUUCCUCUGUUCUUAGACCUCCUUAUUUUCUCUCUUUAGUCUGCAACAAGUCCUCCUGUGCUGUACUUUUGUGUUGUAUGAUGGUAGCCAAAAGUCUGGUCCUCCACGAGCGUUCCUAAGAAAAUGCAUGCUCUGAAGUAUUUUUUGUCGCUCCUAUUUUUUGUUCGAUACAUUUUUUCCCAGCCAUCUGCUGACAGCAUUUAGCUGAAAGUUACUAUUCUGAGGAACAAUUUCAGACUGUAGUAUCCCAGUGAAGAAAUAAAUGAAUUUGCUUGAAACUCAGUGCUACACAUAAAUGGGAUAAUCAUUCUUUCCCUCCUUAGCUCUAAAAUUAACUAAUGAUACCUCUUUUGCCGCUACUGUGUGACAGAAGUAUUUAAAGUCCAUCCCAAUUAUGUUUUCAUAUACUGCAAAGAUUUUUAACACAGUCUCAAGUUGGCUUUUUUCUAUUUAUGUGGAAAUAAAUUCUAACAGGCUGGUAUAAAAUGCAUUCCCAGGUUAAUGGACUGAGCAUGCACGUGCUGUAUCCUUAAGCAAGCUCAUUGUGAAACUCUGGAGGCUUCACGUGGAAGAAUAAUGAAUCCAGGAAGAUUCUAAAGACUUCAGAUCCUCAGUUUAUAUAGCCAUAUAUAAAUAGCCAUAAACUGGUUAAAAUCAAUGUCAUUAUUACCAUUCGAACCAGUCACUAUCUGGCUAAAAGUUGCAUAAGAGGCUAAAGUUCUUUUAAAGGUCUCUUGCGACCGAAUGUAUGAUUUCUGUUGGGAUUGCAGGGAGACUUUAGUGUUAUGUUGGCCUCCUUGUUUUAUUUCAGUUUGUUUUGUGUGUGUUGCUUCCGUUACUCAUCAGUUAAGACUUUAUGUGCUUCAAAUGUUUUGGGGUUUUUUUUGGAAACUUGCAUAUAAUCUGAAAAACCCUGAAAGUUUUUAAAAAUAAUUUAAAACAUUAUGAUUUACAAUUAAAUAAAAGAUUCUGUGGAAAGCAGAUUCUACUCACAUAAGAAAUUGAGAAAAUUUUAUCUUUAUGGAUCAAAGGGAGUAACAGAAGGAUAUCUGGUGCUGAAAUCCUGUUCACUCCUUAAUAUUUGGAGCCCAAGACGUCUUUUUUUCACUAAAGGAGAGGAACAUAGAUACACAUGAUAGGGAGAGCUGGUUGUGUAAGUGGGGGAUAAUGAACACUUGCGUCCAAGUACUGGAUGUAUCCAAUGACUGGCAUUUCAGUCUGUUCUUUGGUGUCAAAGUCUGUGUUAUCAACAGAAAUGAAUGCUUCAUUAAACUUCCAUUUUUAGAAAGCAGCGCAGUACAUACAUACGUACGCUGUCCCACCCCAGCGAUCCUUACAGAGGAGGUCCUAGCUGUCCUAUUUACUCAACUGCUAGGUGGAUGUCUUUUGCUCUAAUGGGAUCUUUUGAAGCCCUGUUCCAACAAAAUGCUUAAGUACGUUAACUUCUCACAUCUGCAUUGUGACUCAAAGGAACGACUAAUGUCUUUAAGAUAGAGUCCAGGCUUAAGUGCUUUGCUGGGUGAGGGCUGUGUUGCACAGGAAGACUGAGACGUUGGCUGUCUAAGCACACUCGGAGACUAUACUGAGAAAUCCACUUGCUUUGGGUUAGUCUCUAGGAGACUACAGCUUUACAGUGAUCUUGAAUUAAUCUUUUGGAAUCACAAGAUACUUCUUUUGAGGGGAAAAGGAGAAUGAAAAUCAAGCAUGGAGAUGAGUGUAUAUUUUUCUGUAUAGUUACUGUUGCUUUGCAUAAUUGCUUUUGUUAUCUGCAUAGUUUUGGUAAGGAAAAAGGAACCUUUUUUUUUUUUUCAGUAUUAGAAAUGCCAAUCCAGGACUGCUUGACAUUCGAACAAUGUCAGCAUUUAUUUUUGCUCUACAAACCAAUCUUAAUUAUUUUUCAGUGUUAACUUCUAUUGGAAUGCAGUUUUAUUCUUUUGUCUCCUGCUCUGUGACGCUCAUAUUUAAGAAUGAUAACAAAGGGCAGAGGGAGAGACUCAAGGUGCCCUGUUGAUGUUUCCAAACAGAGCUACCAUUCUGUGAUUCCGUGAUUCCUCAGAAAAUGUGUGUGAGGAGGGCGCAAACAGCAUGCGUACCUCUUUCUGCAGCCUGAUGCACCUUCUUCCACGUUGCCUUUGCUCACUGAGCUUCAGGUCCAGUCUCAUCUGGUGGCUGUGUGGGACAGAGGGCCAUGCAUGUUUGUCAUGCAUGACACAGGAGAGCCCCCCCAGCUCUGCGUGGUUGGUUAUCAGCUCCUUCACUGGGGGCAAAUCAGUUCUGUGGGGUGUUUUUGAUACCUGUGGGAUCUGCUCUGGUGCUCCUUGAUCUGAGGAUCAAGCAGGAGCUGGCUUGGAGCCUUCUUCACAGGGGCUGAGCACAGCAUUUUCUGUCCCAGUCUGGCACUGGCUUUACACUGGUGUAUCCUUUUUGGAGGGUGGAUUUUGAAGUUCAUCAGCUCUCUUGGGUUGAGUGGGAUGCAAGCAGAAGCUUGAAUGCUUUCCCACACAGAACAGUUCUCUUGACCUGUGUUUGUUUUGGUCCAGGCUUUGAGAGUUAGUAUGAACAUGGUUGAAAGGACAUCAGCUGCAGGAGUAGCAGCGAGGCAGAGCUUUCUUCUGAAUGCACGGGUAGAGCUCGGGGUGCAGGUGUCCAGCCGCAGCCUUGGCCUACUUGUCAGGAUCCGGGUGUGGAGUAAGAGGACAUUACACGUGUGCUGCUUUUAACUAUGGAUACCAUGAUUCAGCCAAUGAAAUUAAAUUCUCUUUCAUCACCUGGGUAGUGUUUUUGGAGAUGGUCUAUCUCACAGAACCAUAGCUGUCUAAAAACGAGAAACUCAGUCUAAGUUAAUUGUCUACUUUUCUCUGUAAAAAAAAAGGAAAGAAAUGGCCAUCUCCAGGACAAAUGGACCUGAGGUACGUCCAUAAUUCCCUGAGGUAGGUAUUUUUCCUAGUGACUUGAAUUCUGGCAAAUGCAGUGAGUAUUACUUUAGCAGUUGCCCCAUUUGAAGGCACGCCAGUUCCCAGGGGGGUUCAGAGCAAUGUCAGCUGGAGCAGGACUGGAUCCUCAUUUUACCAGUGUGUUUCCAGUUUUUGCAACAGCCCUGAAGUGGACAAAUUGAAAAGUUAGCAGUUAGCAGUUAUUCAGCUUCCUCGACUUACUGAGCUGUAGUUUAUGCAUUUCUUCUUCUCCCAAGCUAACUUGAGAAGUUAAUGAGGACUAGAUGGGCAGCUACAAAGGCAAUCUUUCACACUGAACUUAGCAUCUCCUUUGUGAUCUUUCCAAGGCAUGUAUUCUGGGCACUGGCAGAAGAUUUGGAAUUAGGUUAUGUGACAAAAAAGUACGGUUUGCCCUCAUGGAGGUACAUAACUCUUGCACUGAGGACUGAGGGAGCCCAGGAAGGUGCCUUAGAGAGCCUACUGACCUGCUCUGGACACAUCAAGUUAGAGGAGACGAGCCCCUCUACGUUGAAACUUAAGAGCUUAAAGCUUUGGCGCUUAGACCUUUGGAGCUCAGACCUUUGGGUCUGGGAGUUCAAGCAAUUCCUUGCUCAAAUGGAAGCUUGUUAAAACUGGUCUUGCGUUGUGGGUACCAUAGCACGCUUAACAAGCAGAUGUGGUGUUUUAAGUUACCUUGUUUCUGUAGCCCUACUGUAAGUUUGACAAGGUCUGGACUUCGCCCUGAACUCUUGAGCAUUAGGAUUGUCGUUCCCUUUAACAUUCACACAGGACAGGAAAGAUCCCUGCCAAAAGCAGGAAUAUUAGAAAACAUCGAGGUUGGUUUUGGCAGUAGCUGGCCUUAGGCGCCUCCAGAGCAGGGUGACCGUGGUAGAUAAUCCUUCUGUAUUUCUGCAGAGGGGAUCUCGGUGGGAGCUGCAGAGAUGCUGUCCCACGUGGUGUUCCUUUUCCUUUGAGAAAAUGCUCUUCUCGUGUAUUCCCAUUUUCGUACCAGAACAGCCCGAUAGGGUGCAGUUGCUCAGGAGUUUCUUUCCUUUAGUUCUGUGUGGAAAGCCAUUUAUAAAGUAUGAUAAUAACACAGGCAUUUUGAAAAGCCAUUGGGAGCUAGAAGUAGGCAGAAAAUGACACCGUGUCAUGUCCUCUGUAGCAGCUGGUGACAGGCUGAUCAUUGCUGUGCCAGUGACACGGGUCGCAUUAAUGCUGCCACACAGCAGUAGCGAGUGCAUAAAUUAAGUGCUGUGUGUCACUGAAGUCACUCAUGAGCUCUGCUAUUCAUGGACAGGAGCAGUAGUGUUUUCAGGGAUCAACUCCUACUGUCCUGUUCUGUUUUCAUAAUAUAUAAAGAUAUUGUUAUAACGGAUCCCACUGAGUGGUUUUUAUAACCCCAGAUAUCGUCCUGCAUAUUACAUGUCCAAAACUUGCAGGUUGAGCCUGCAGACAUAACAAGUUUGCUUUUAAUUCUGUGUGUUAGAGUAUUUCUGUUUCUGUACACAUUUCAGGUAGAGUUUGUGAAGGAGUAAUGGUACCGUAGAGCAUGAAAUCUAGCCGCAGUGUGUUUAUUAUUUUGAAAUCUUAUCACAAACCGCAACUUUACACGGUUGUCAACUGUAGAACCUUCCUUGAAGAGGCUGAGAUUUCUGUUGAGACCCAUUGCCAGCACAGUAAAACUAAGGGUGACCAAGGCAAAAUACAUAUCCUUUGGCACAAGAAAUCCCCCUGGCUCAGCCUGCCAGCCCGCAUUCUCUGCGUUGGUCAUGCCUUCAAGAUACAUCAAGAUUUUGUCGACCUGUUUUCUUUCUGGGGGCCUCCAUGCAGCUCAGCCCAUGCUUACCCGUUGCUUGUGUCCUUAUUGCCAGAUAUUCGUGGUUGCUGCCCACGUGGGGUGUGAAAAUGAGCUGCUUGGGAACAGUGUGAGGUAGUUACUGGUAGAGGGAUGGCUUUCAGACUUCUUUGAGCUACGGAAUACCUAACGCACUGGAUCUAUGGGCGUGCUUCACUCUUUCAAGAAGAAAAAACUCUAAAAAAUGAAGAAAAAACUCUAAAAACUCUAAAAUGUCUUUUUAAGCAGAUUGCAAGGCAACAUGGAAGUCUACUUUUAAGGUUUGACAGGGUUUUUUUACUUCAGUGGCGUCAGUGAUACCUUUUUUUUUUUUCUGACCCCACUGUAGCUUUUUUUACUAGCCCAUUUAGAUGAAUCAUUAUACAAACUCCUUUCUAUUACUUCCAAAAACCAGCUUUGCUGGCCGCAAUGAUAAUAGUACCAACCUUUACAAAGGUGAAUUAGUUGUUGAGCAAUUAAAAAAAAUAUGGAAAAAAUGCUCUUAAAUUAUAGUAAAAAUAAACGAAAUUUAAGGAACAGAUUACAACUGAUAUAUCGAAAAAGAAGACAAACAAGUCCUGCAGUGUGACCAAGCCUUUAUCUGUGUCAGUAAGGAUUUGUGAAAUACCUUAUCUGAGUCAGUUGACCUUAUUGUGAGAUACUGCCCUUGAAUCAGUUACUGAAUUAUUUAACAUUUGUUCUUUUGUUUUUAAAGCAAGAGUCAAUGCAAGGUAUCAUUUUAAAUCAGCGUGCUAAAGUGUGCAUAUUCUGUAUAUCUAAUAUGUCAUUGUUGUCUCUUGUUUCUGUAAUGCAUUUGCAUUACUAUGAAUCAAUUUUAUUAUGCUUCUCUAGAGACUACUGCUGCCUGCACGCUGUGAUAUAUUUGCACUGUUGUAGAUAUAUAUAUAUAUGCAUAUAUAUAAUUAUAUUAUAUAAACCAUGUCUUUUUCAGGUUGCUUGUUACCUUUGUAGUUUACGCUUACCGGUACAGUGGACCUGAGUAAAAAUGUGGGAUGUGGGGCAUUCUGAUGAUACAUUACAAUAAUAGAGAAAUCUUUGUAUAUUUCUGUAUACUUAAUACCCGUAAGAAGAGAUUUGUAUGUGCAUUAUUUUCCAAACUAGGGCUUUGUUUUCUGAGACUAGAGGACAUUUAUGAUAACGUUAAAAAAAAAAAAAAAUCAA